AUGGACAGCCACGCCGAGUGCAGCAAGGAUGCAACUACACCACGAUCGAAAAUCAACGGUGGUGCAGGGCUGAAGCGCACGACGGUGCAGCACCAGCAGCUGCCUCCGCGGCCCAAACUCGUCCCCGCCUAUCCCUCGGCGACGGAACGCACGCCACCUCGCAACUCGCAAGCCGAUGCAUCGAGCUUGCCCUUUUCGCUUGCCGGUCUGCCAGCAACUCAGGAUGGAGAGGCGGACGAUAGGUGGGUGUCGGUGGUUACAGCGCCGGCGUAUGCGCCGCUUCGGUGCUGGCGCAGCGUGAUGCAGAGCCUGAUACGGCAUCCCGAGCGCAACUCGAGCAACAUCCUUCGAGCCGACAUCCUCGCAGACACGUCUACUUCCGAAAGUAGCGAGAAGGAGGCAACCGGUGGCUGGAUGAAGCAGUGGACAGUGCGUAGGGCACUGCUCCCGCGCCGGCCGAACCUCGAUUGGCGCAUGGAGCAGGACUGCUCCCUCUACUACCGCUACCGAGCUGCAGGCAUGGCAUCGAAUCAACACGAUGGAGAAGAUCAAGCGCAUGGUGAUGGCCACAACGACGUCGACAACAUCGAAGAGGCUCUUGUGGUGUACACGCCUCUGGUGGGUGUGGAGGGUCACCCCAAAUUGGCUGUCCCGCCCACAGUACAACCAGCGGUCAUCGGCGCUCCUCCACCGCACGAGGCGUAUGUGCCGUUCUACCACCCCAAAGUACGCGCAUUGGCCUUCCACUUUUGCUGCAUGCCCACCUCGGACGAUUCUGAAGCUGUUGUUUACGGCGAGCUCGGCAUCUCCCUCGUUCCCUUCUCUGCCUCGGGUGCCGAGCCAGAGUUUGGGCCGACGCAUCGGCUGUCGCGCGUGGGGCUGUCGCUGCUCACCACGCUGCAUAUGCACACGUGGGGCGAGCUGCACAGCUACCAGAAGCGCGUGCACCACGACCAGAUCGUCGCACGCACGCUGUACCAGGACACGUAUCUGGAGCUCAAGUCGCGCUAUGCCUCGCACCUCAUUGCGACCUGGGCCGAGGCGACCGACCCGACCAAGCACGUGUUUGAGGAGAUGGGAAUCGCCGCCUUCCUCAUUGCGCUGUGGCAGCAGCUGUACGCAUCCGACCAACCCGCCGAUGGGAAAGAGGAGUGGAAGCGCGGGGUAAAGUUCGUCGAUGUCGGAUGUGGCAAUGGCUUGCUCACCUACAUCCUUAGCCGCGAGGGGUUCAAAGGUGUAGGGUUGGAUCUGCGCGCUAGAAAGAGCUGGACGCAGUACAGGAACGAUGGCGCAGAGCUGCACGAAUGGACGUUCAAUCCCGCCGACCUUGUUGGCACGCCCCCGCCGAGCGACGGUUGGCAAGGCGCAUUUCUGAUCGGCAACCACGCUGAUGAGUUGACGCCGUGGCUUCCCGUGCUGGCGACACACUACGGCUGCCGCGGAUUCAUCAACUUGCCCUGCUGCUACUUUGCCUUGGACGGCACGAGGGAUUUCCCACUACUGCUGCGUGGAGUUGUACCGCGCAACGAGCAGUAUCUUGCGUACAUUUCGCAUGUCCAUCAGCACUUUGGUUGGCAUGUGGAACUGGAGCCACUGCGCAUUCCAAGCACCAAAAACUGGUGCUUUGUGGGACGAACUCGCACUCCUCUCGACCCCGAUGCUCAGGACGUCGACGUCUUUCAAGAGCGCCUCGACGUCGCUAUCCAACAAGCCCUCGCCUCGGGCUGGGCGCCUCGCUCAGGCCAAACCUAG